AUGGUUUUUUUAUUCAGGUCGCAAGCCAAGAGAAGAAAAGAAAACAAAAUAUCGAACGGGAAAAGGGCAUGUACAAUGGAAGUUGAAAAAAAGGCGAUAGCCAAUAGGGUCCCCUACCUCAAUGGUCGACGGGGUGAUCAGAGUCCGAAAUUGGACGGCUUUCGCCCCCAUAGAUGCAGGUUAUACGAAAAAGAAUGUCGAAACGACCGUUAUCCGGCCCCAUUUCAGGGUAUACCAGAACUGGAUCGAUACUUUUUGCCUGACCAACUGUCCCAAUCGAGAACGUUGAGCAGGCAAAAGCAGAGAACCUGCAGGCGAAAACCCGACCCCAGUUGUUGGCCCCAAUCCCAAUCUAGUAAUUGCAGAGUUCUUCGGCAUUGA